UCGACUCAUGUUCAGGAUUUUCAAGGCACUUCUAAUCCUCAGUUUUAUUUCUCUCAUGACUGUUCUAUUUGUCAAAUAUGGCGUCACAGUAUCUGAUCUGUUUGCUUCCAUCCUUGUCUUCUUGCCAACUGGAUGGGCCAUUCUUCUGAUUGGACAAGCAUUAGGGCCAAUGAUGAGAAGCUCAGGAUGUUGGGAAUUAAUAAUGGAGCUUGCAAGGGCAUACGAGGAAAUCAUGGGUCUAUUAGUGUUCAUGCCCAUAGCUAUAUUGUCAUGGUUCCCAUCUGUGUCGGAGAUUCAGACCAGGCUGCUCUACCACCAAGCAUUUUGCAGAGGCCUAACAUUUCUCAGAUCUUAGCACGAAGGAUGUGAACG